GCAGGGGGAGGGGGAGACUAUCAGGCGGCAUCACAGCCUACGUACACCGAGCAGUUGACAUUGGUGAUACCGAUAUUGAUGAUACAAUAACAGCGAAGCCCGCCAAUUCUGUCGACAAAGCCAUCUCGAGCAACCCAAGCAUCGCACGCACAUUAACUUGACCUUCCGUCGGCCGCUGGAGAUGGACUUGUGUCUAGAGGGCACACAAGCAGAAUCGCGAAAGAGCUCGGGAUGACACUUGCCUUCCAUGAGCAUCGCAGCAGCUCUGGGCACUCUGAAUGCAUUUACUCUUCUUUGUAUCGAACUUGCCAGGCUGCGAGGUAUGAGAGCAAUUCAAACCUACAACUUGACAUUUUGCACGCACAGUCGCGCGUUUUAGACAGCGUCGCGUUGCAAGAACGAGGUGAAGGCGACUGGAAACCCGCCGUACGAUGGCUCGAGCGUGCGCUUCACUUUAGCAAAGAAGUCCUUGGCUCCUACCAUCCGGACACGCUUCUGAGGAAACAAAGGUUCGCCAACAUCUAUGCACUGACACGACGCGGUCGGGAGGCGCUCGAACUCAUCACAGAUGUCGUCGAAACCUAUGAUGUGAUGUAUGGGCCCAACUCAGAAGCCAGCUUUGUGGCCAGGCGCGCAAUGGCCGAGAUCAGUCCAGCAGUGGGAGCCAGAGUGGAGAAGCCCUCGCUGUCUCAAGAAGAAUUGACAAGACUUGACCCCGGAGAUGCGAAUAUUCCGAUACCUUUAUUGUUGCGAGCCGAGACGCGGGCCAUAGCUUGCAUGACUGAUGUGCAAGUGAAGCUGUGCCUGUGCGACGUAGAAGGUGCUGCACUCGUAUUGACGAAGGUCAAGGACAUAGUCAACUCGGGCCCAUCUCGGCUUGGGAAAUGCUGGAAACGCAUUCAAAAGCUCGACGAUGACAUUUCCACCAGUGCUAAACUACUCAGCCACUUGAAUGCAGAGGAGAAGCAGAAAGCGGCAAAGUUCUGCGAAUCCUGAAUUCCGCCUUCGCUAAUGCAGCAAUCGCAGUCACCUGAGAUGCAUCGCAACAUGGAAAGAUUCGAAACUUUUCUAGCGCAUACGUAUGGAGCACAGUGAGCGUACGAUGAAGAGAGCUAAAAUAGUCUAACGGGUUCCGUGUGGCAUCGCCUUGCCUCUGACUUGGCUGCUGAAUAUCAAUAAGUAUCACACGAAGAGAACUUUGAAAAUAAAAACACCCGACCUUCAUGCUGUUUCUGCCAGACAAGCAAAGACUUUAUACAAA